AUGGACAGUGCCGAUGAAAAGGUUAUAGUUUCUGCAGCAUAUGUUGCUAUGAGUUGUGCAUAUUUAAAAAUAUUAAAAAAAAAAAAGGAAAAAAAUACAAAGAGAAGAUGGUGGAUGGUUUCUUUAAAUAAAAGUCGCAGUAGUUACAGUACUUCAAAUAUGCUUCGCGACUUAAAUAAUGAACCAUCAGGUAAGUUUGAAAACUUCUGCCGUAUGUCAACAAGCGAUUUUGAAUAUAUUUUAAAUAAAAUUGGGCCAGUUAUCACAAAACUCGAUACUAACAUGAGAAAAGCUAUUCCUGCUCAAGAACGAUUGGCGAUAACACUCAGGUUUUUGGCUUCUGGAGAUAGCUUUGUCAGUUUAUCCUACUUGUUUAAAGUUUCAAACCAGUGUAUAUCUACAAUUGUUAGAGAAGUAUGUGAUGCUCUAAUCAAGAAGUUUAAAGAUGAAAUAAAAUACGAUGAGGAUAUAGUUCAUUUGUUCCCAAAUCUGGGGUCCAGAUUUAAAUGGACAAGGGGUACAUGUAACGAUUGCCGUCUAUCGGCAUCGUACAUUAUUCCUUAA